UAUCGCGAUAUCACUCAACCUGGCAACCCCCCAGCCCAGCUCCUCGACUCUCCUCAACUUGUGCCAACUCAGAUCCGUUCCGUAAUUCGCAUACAUUAGACCCAAAAUGGCCCUUUUGUACCAAUGUUUAACUUUCGUUCUGUUUUUCGGCUUUUUCCCGGCUGUUCAAGCUCAGUAUGAGAAGUACAGCUUCCGCAGCUUUCCGCGUCACGAGCUCAUGCCGCUGGACUCGGCGUACAGGCACGCGCUGGACCAGUACAGCACGGAGAAAUGGCCGGAGACUGUGGAGUAUCUGGAGGUGAGCCUCCGCCUGCACCGUCUUCUCCGCGACAGCGAGGCUUUCUGCAAUCUAAACUGCAGCUCGGCGCGUUUGGACACGGAGGAGCGCUUUUCCGACUUCCCCGAGCUGCGCGCUUUUGGGAACGUGAUGAAACGCGCUCAGUGUCUGAAGCGCUGCAAGCAGGGCCUCCCUGCCUUUCGCCAGACUCUCCCCAGCAGAGAAACCCUGGACCAGUUUGAGAGACGAGAACCUUACAAAUACCUGCAGUUUGCCUACUUUAAGAGCAAUAACCUGGCAAAAGCAGUAUCUGCUGCACACACCUUCAUGGUGAAGCAUCCUGAUGAUGAGAUGAUGCAGAGGAAUAUAAAUUUCUACAAGAGUUUACCUGGAGCUGAAGAGCACCUUAAAGAUGUGGAGACCAAGUCAUAUGAGAUGCUGUUUAUUCGAGCAGUGCGGGCAUAUAACGGGGAUAAUUACCGAACGUCUGUGUCUGAUAUGGAGCUGGCACUUCAAGACUUCUUCAAGGCUUAUGAUGAAUGUAUUGCUGGCUCAGAGGGUUCGCGGGAGAUUAAAGACUUUAAAGAUUUUUACCCCUCAAUUGCAGAUCACUAUUUCGAGGUUCUUGAACGAAAGGUUCGAUGUGAGAGCGAUCUGACGCCAGUCGUUGGUGGAUUUGUUGUGGAGAAGUUUGUGGCAACUAUGUAUCACUACCUUCAGUUUGCCUAUUAUAAAUUGAAUGACUUAAAGAAUGCUGUGCCAUGUGUUGCAAGCUACUUGCUCUUUGACCCUAAAGACGAUGUGAUGAAGAACAAUGUUGAUUAUUAUCAGUAUCACAAAAAGAAGUUGGGUCUUUCUGAUGAGGACUUCCUACCCAGAUCUGAGGCAAUACGAUACCACAAUCAGACCACACUACAGCUGCAGAUGUUAAUAUUUGCCAAAGAAAACCUGCAGCAGGAUGAUGAGGGAGAAGUUCUGGAGUUUCUAGACGAGUACCUUGAUGAUGAAAAUGAGUAGUAAUAAAUUAAUAUCUUAUGCACUGAAGACAACAAAGUCGGCAUUGGGACAAGACAAUUUUGUGAACUAUGAUUUUUUUCCAGGAUACGUUUGUAUUUAUUUUGGGCAAUAGGGUGCUUUUGUAUUGUUUAUGUACCAAACACAUUUUGAUAAUAAUGUACCAAACACAUUUUGAUAAUUAAUUUCUUCUAUGGUGUCCUACAGUAAAAAUUACUGUAAUUCAGAAGAAUGAAUAAAAAAUUAGUUUGUUGUUUUGGAAUAAAUUGAAAAUCUCUGCUGUA